AUGUUUGUUCCGAGGAGGAUGCCGACGGGCCGUCCACGCGGCGGCGUUCAACAGGAGCUCGAUACACGGCUGUUCCUGAACCUGGCAGUCGGAAUUGGUCACAUCGGUGUCGUCGGAGAGGUCUCCGUGGCCAGCGUCGCGAAUGUUUGUUCCGAGGAGGAUGCCGACGGGCCGUCCACGCGGCGGCGUUCAACAGGAGCUCGCAAACCCAACAAAUCCCUCAAGCACACUGCCAAAUUCCCGAUCGUCAGACCACCAUCGCGCCGCCCCCUGCCGCCGCUAGCCUUCUCAUCACAACAGCACCCACGACGAGGGCAACCACCACCAGCCGCCGUUCAUGACCCACCGGACAAGGGCAGAAUAAGCCCCAAAUCACAAACCCUAAAAUCCCCAAUUCUCACCAUUGUCAACUCCCUGUCCGUCGGAGUCCCUGUCAGGCCACCCCCACCGCCGCCAGCACUUCUAGAACCACAUCGCCGCCCUCGAGGUCAACAAUAG